UCCUGCUGGGCAGCACCGAGUACUCGACCUCGCUGGACAUGUGGGGCGUGGGCUGCAUCUUUGUGGAAAUGGUUACCGGGAUGCCAACGUUCCCGGGCAUACGUGAUACCUACGAUCAGCUGGAUAAGAUAUUUAAAUUGCUGGGCACGCCCACCGAGGACACGUGGCCGGGUGUGACCCACUUUCCUGGCUACAAGCCGCACAAGUUGGGUUUCUAUCGACCGAGGAAACUGGGUCACAACUUCCCACGGCUGUACGACAUCAUCGAGGGCGAGACGAUAGCGAACGCCUUCCUGCAGCUAAAUCCGGAGCAGCGUUUGGGCGCCGAUGAUGCACUGCAGCAUCCGUACUUUGCGCAAUUGCCAAAGAAACUCUACGAAUUGCCAGACGAGACCUCAAUAUUUACGGUGGAAGGCGUGCAGCUUUAUACGGAGCCAAAUCGACAGAAUAAAUGAAAAUUAAAGCAAGUCCUCUCUGUGGAUGGCGUACGUUUCUACUGUUAGGAUAUUCCCAGUCCUCAAUAUCCACCCAUCACCGAUCGAUCCUGUCCUAUCGAACUGUCAAUCAACCUAAUAUCGCAUCAUCGACAGCCAUAUACUAUAUAUAUAUAUAUUAUACAUAUGUAUGAGAGAUACGAGAAAGAGCAACUUCUCCUUCGGCGCGCAGAAGUUUUUGUACUAUAAUUCUAUGAUAACUUUUUAGUUACUAUUCGUUAGUUAUAUUAUUCGAUUUAAAAAAAAAAAACAAAACAACAGAGGAGUGUGUGUGGAGUGAGGCGGCAUUUUUUAAUUUCAGUCAAAAGAUAGCUUAGAUUUCGCCAUCAUCCUGCAGCCGAAAAAGGAUACUCAGUUUAGUCAGUGUUUUUUUCUGUAUUUUCAUUUGUAAGCUUAACGAAAUUUAUAUCUAGAUCUUAAUCUGUAUUUCGUUUCCAUUCUCUUUACUGUAUUAUUUGAUUUUUAUUUGUAAUUAUUUUUAAUUGAGUGCAAUUAGUGAAGAAUUAAUGGCUUGGCCUUUGUCUAAAACAUAAAAAACAGCAAUCAAUUAAUCAAAAAUUUAUUAUUAUUUCCAAGCAAUUUACUAAUUUUAUAGAAAACUAAAGACGCACCGCCAAUAUUUGUUUAGCUUUAAUUUCCACUCACACAGCUCUUAAAAAAUUUUAUGUUUAUUAAUGUAUGAUUUUUCGUAAUGCUUCCUUUACUUUGUCUUUAUUAAUUUCGAUGCGCUGUUUAAGUGAUAAUUUUUGUAACUAUUAAAUGAAUUUAUGUAAAAGCAAAGUAAAACAAUC